CAGAGAAAGGGUGUUGGGAUGGUUCGACCCAGAAGGAACGACAAAGACUAGAGGGGGGCAGAAAGCCGGCAAGGAAUAGCCAGAUACCAGCAUGGCAGGCGAGGCCAGUAGCUCCGAAGGCGGCCUUAGAAAGAUAGUAUCAUCCCUUGCACGAGCACUGAACAAGAAUCAAGGCUAUCUAGCAGACGCCAAGAAAAAGUUGACUUUCGAUGGAGCAAACAUCACGGAGUUCCUGAUCGACUACGAGAACCUAGCUGCGUUACUAAAGUGGACCGAGGAAGAAAAGAUGGAUCACCGAGGACAGCAUGUGUCGUUAAGCCUAGCACGGGACAUAAUGGCCAUUCUUGCCGCAAGCCGGUCUUGGAAGGAGACCCCGGAUGUGAUGAUGAGGAAGUACCUAGCGGCGGAGAAAAUGGCAACGGAGGCCGACCUAGCGGCAGUUCAGAGGAAGAACUUCGCAACGUACAAUGAUUUCCUACGGGAGUUUACUCUAGUAGCACUAAGGAUCCCCGGGGUCACGGACCGGAUAAUGAGUAAAUAUUUCCUCAGACAGUUCUCCGAGUUCGACAAAGACAAGAUCCUGUCAGCUUACCAACAGACGAGCAAGUUCGUAAACACGCGGGAUGUUGAUUUUAACACGGUAACAGAUCUGACUGAGAAAAUGGUAGUAACAGAAACGUUGGCCUUGCUCAAGGAAGGGGAGGUCAUAGACUUGACCAGUAGGACGGGCGACAAGGUGAAAAAGGGGAUUGAAAGCCUACACGAACGGGUGCACGGAGUCGACAACAAGAUUGAAAGGAUGGAGAGCGCGCUACUAGUUAUGCAGGCGCAAGUAUCCCGUCCCCCCCUCCCCCCUCAGGAAGCAGUAGUUCCGCCAGGGGUAGCCAAUUGUGGAUAUGGACGGAGAGAUCCCGCCAACGAACAAUGCAAAUACUGUACCGUGGUAGGGCAUUUUGUGCGGACAUGUCAAAAGCUCAACCAUGACAUACUGAAAAGUAGGUGUACCAGGUCAUUAAAGGGGGAGAUAUUUGGACCACAGGGGGAACGGGGGAACUGGAACUCGCCAGGAGGGAUGCGGCGAGCCAUUAUCAUGCUCAACGGGUUAGAAAUAACGGUCAUAGAAGCCGAACCGGUGGGCGAGAUCAUCUGGGAUCAACUCCGGGGGCGUGAGCCGCAGGUCAACUUCAUUCUGGAAAACGACGGACGAGAUAGGGUAAACGCGACUACUCGGCUAGGGACGGCUAGGAAAAGGAUUAACCGUGACACCGUGAUGGAGGAGGUUGCUGGAAGUUCGGAACCCCAGGCAGAGCUUGAGGCCGAGGAACCGGAAAAGAUCUAUGGGAAGCCUAGGGAAGAGGAGCCUACAAACAAAGUUACCGCUGCCAAGAAGAAGUUUAGGUACCAAAUCCCGAUCUUAUCCUUGCCUGAGAUCGACGACACCAGUAGCAAGUUACUAGGAACCAUGGUGUCGGUGUCUUUUCAGACCAUGCUGCAGGCUAGCCCUAGGUUGCUCAAAGGGCUUAGACAACUGUUGACCCGACGGCGAGUAGAAAUAGGGGACAACCCCGAAGUACCAGAAGGGGAGAGGGAGGAGGAAGCUCCGCAAGAAGUGGCUAACCUUCAGAGGAGUCGCGGGGACUUGGAGGAUCUUGAGAAAGCUUUUGCGGACAUUCGUUUGAGUUUGCUCGACCGAGAGGGCGGCGAGGUCAUGAGGUCACCACCCGAGACAAAACUUAGCUUUCAUGCACUGCCCGUAGGGAAGCUGAAAAUCCACAUCGGGACUCAUCAUACCGACGCGUUAGUAGACGGGGGAGCAGAAAUCACUCUCAUAAGAAGAGAUUUCGCAACGAUCACGGGAUCGGAUGACCGUAAUGGAAGGAAAUGCUUGUGUAGGAAACCCUCACCCCUCCACGAGGGAGAAGGUAUAAAAAUCUCGUGUGACAGUGAGGGAGGGACGGAAAAGGCAGAAGUGGAAGAAGGAGGCAAUGCAGAGAUGGGAGAUAAGGUUCAGGUCUCUAACGAGGAAGGAGCCAACAUGGGCAAACGACGUGAGACUUGGCAUGGGGAAAGCGAGGGGGGACAAGACAUGCGCGACGAACAUGAGGAGGGUGAGGAGAGAAGGGAAAGCCCGCUUGAAGGACGAAGCGGCCACGACAGUUGUGAGGGGUAUUGGACGGGGACAGAGAUUCCUUUUACCUACGAUCCAAAGAACCUUGCAGGUGGGUACAACCCCAUACAGAUAGAAGACGAGGAGGACGAGGAGGAGGAUGUACAAGAGGUCAUAAAAAUCAGCAGCGGGGAUGAGAGGGAUGAGAUCUCGAGGCCUAGGGAAGAAGGGCGGCCUCCGAUGCACCAGCUGGGCAACGGGGCUUUCAGAUGGGAGAACGAGUUUGGGCCAACACCCAGUCAUUCGUUUCAGCAAUGGACCAAUGUGAUCAGGCACGAAUGGAUUAUCAAGACCCGGGAACUUGCAAAGGCGGGGGUGGAAGCUACGCCAUUGGACUUCUUCAGUGAAAGUGAAUUACAGGAAAUUGCUUUUCGGAAGCCUCUUUACGGAGAUCGCUUUCUCGAGGUUUCCUACAUUUACUCUGGUGGGAGAGGACGGAUUGAGAUAUUGAUUGGAGCUUCAGGCGACAUCACUCUUGCGGAGGAGCUUUAUCUCAGGAGCGUCGCAGACGAGGAGAUGGCGAGAUGCAUGGCCUAUAUCUGCAAGAUUGAUCCAACGCCUCUCGAUAUCAGCUAUGUGGUUCCAGAGUCUAUAGCCACGCGGGUUCUCAAUGACGAGGCGCCAGAUAUGGACUCCCAGACGGCAACACUUACUCACGAGGGGUGGAUGAGAACCCAGCGUGUGCUCUCCGACGCUCUGAAGCGUUGGAUUGAAGUCAUAGAGCAGUAUGACUUCGAGCCCCAGUACAUAAAGGGCGAGUAUAACAAGGUUGUCGAUGCGCUGUCGCAUAGACCAGAUUUCUCCAGUGCGCUGAUCACUGAAUUUGGGCUUGCGGACGAUGUUACUCACUCUAUGGUGGAAGCCUAUCGCGAGGACUGGUUUAUGUCGGAGAUCAUACGCAGACUCGAGGCGAAGGACAAAGCGACUUCUGCCGAGUUUGAGUUGGUCAACGAACUGCUGUUCCCUGAGAAGACAGGGAAUAAACAUCUGUGUGUGCCAGAUAGGGAGUCUUUACGUAGUUUAUUUUUAGGCGAGUGUCAUAAUGCCACUGGACAUUUUGGUUUCAAGAAGACUGCAGCCAAUCUUCUGCAGCGGUUCUGGUGGCCCACGAUGAUGAGAGAUGCCAAGCUGUACGUGGAGACUUGUCAGGUCUGUCAGAGAGACAAGCCCCGUACACAGGCCCCUCUUGGGCUCCUCAAGCCCCUUCCGAUUCCGGAAAGGCCAGCUGCAGAACAGGGCACACAGUUGCAAAUGACAUCAGGCAAUCACCCAGAAGCAAAUGGGCAGACAGAGCAAUUGAAGCACACUGUACAACACCUGCUGAGGCAUUACAUCAAGCGGAAUCAGGUCGACUGGGAUGAGAAGCUUGCUCUCAUCGCCAGCCUGUACAACAACGCUGUGCACAGCGCUACGGGAGUAAGCCCGAACAGUCUGCUACUGACUUUCAAGCCUAGACUGCCCUUGGACUUCCAACUACCUGAGAAUCAGUCAGCUGCUUCACCAGGGACCUUGGAGUUUGCUUAUCGAUAUGAGCAACUGAUGCAACAGGCAGUCGAACAGAUGCACAAAGCACAGGUGGUGAUGAUAGAGUCUGAGAACAAACACCACCGCCCAUCUACAUUCCAGGUAGGAAAAAGAGUCUGGGUUAAGUCCCCAGAACUGGAACAGGAGUACGGGAUUUCCCGUAAACUAAUGCCACAGUACUUUGGACCCUGGGAGAUUCUAGAUGUUGUGGGGAAUGAACCAGAUGGACCAUCUUAUGUUAUUCGUAUCCCUGGUCACUUACGCACUUACCCUGUUUUCCACGCCUCAAAGCUUGCACCUUCUAGAGAAACAGAUCAGUUUCCCUCUCGUCGUUCAAUGCUGCCCCCAACCAUGGAUGGAGAGGUCGACAUCGACGACAUUGUUGAUCACAGGGAGAUGCCAGUUCCAAGACCACCAGGCAGAGGACGUCCUCCGAAACCAACGCUGCAGUAUCGAGUUCGGUUCAGACAUCACACUGAUCCAAAGGAGGAUGGAUGGUUCACAAGAGAGGAACUGAUGCAGACCGCUCCACAGGUAGUCGCUCACUAUGGGAAGUCUCUGCAGAAGGGAAAGCGCCAAAUUAUCGAAGACUGAACUUCUCAGAGGUCUAGCGAAGUAUGGAGGAGAGAAUGUGAGGCACAAGGCCUUGAUAAGCCCUACUGGGCCCCUAUUUGCAACAUGCGU